AUGGCUGCUGGCCCUGCUGGCUGUCACCACGCCCGGGCCAUGCUGCUGGGGGGGGCCAACUUCUUGUCAGUGUACUCCACCCUGGCGGCCCACGGGUACGGUGCCGAGCGGCGCCUACGUGCCGCCGGGCGCGGCGCGGCCGCUGGCCUGGGGGGGGCUGCCGCGGGCCGACGCGGAGGCCGGCGGCGUGCCUGGCAGAACUUCGCCCGGGCACGCCGUCGGCGCGCGCGCGCCGCCGGGCGCGGGCGUUGGGAGCAACGCAGCGCGAGCAGCGCAAGCGCUGGAUGGGGGUUGAGCCGCGCAAGGCGCUGCAAGGAGCGAACUUUCGCAAACACCUAA